AUGCCUAGGCAACCCACCCAGCCCACUCCUUCCACCAUCCCCCAACAUCACGACGGCUCCGAUACGAAGGUCCCCUACGACGACCUCAUUGACCAGUAUGCCACUUCCUACAAGGCGUACACCGUAGACCCUUCAUCCUUCCACUCAUCCCAAACAUCUCACCACAAGCCAUCAUAUUCUCUCACAAAGCAGACCAACGACAGUGAUAUCACCGUGAAAGACAUCAAGGAUGUCGAAGGCGAGAGCACAGAGCGAUUAGACUGGGGAUAUCCACCACCAACCACUCAGCCGGAGAAGGAGAAAGAAAAGCGGAAACUUUGGUCUGUCUUUCUACCCGAUUCAAUAGCGUGUCGCCUGUAUCUGUUGACCGUCUUGGUCGAGACAGCCAUAGACCUUGCUAUUGAGGCUGAGAUCUUCGUUCGGCUUCAGGAGUCUCGCGACGCAAAUGGCAGCGACAAUGUCGCGUCUCUGAAGAUGCCAGUGUACCUGAGUAUCUUCGCCAUUGCUCACUUGUUCCAAUUCGUUAUGGCUCUGGAUGCCGUACACGCUCGUAACACUCUUCAAUUUAUUGCUUUGGCAAUAUUCAAUGCCGUAUUUCUCGUAUACGCCGUCAUCCAGAUUGGCGAGAUCCGUGGGUCUCUCCCCACCACGUCGGGAACAUCCCAUAUUCCUAUCGACGUCCUCACCACCAUUAUCCCCAUCGUCAUCUCUGUUGCCGAGCUUGCCUACUUGGCCCUUGGCUGGAAAAUCUACACCGAAUUUGGCUGGAAAGUGUACAAGUUCCUCGGUGCCGACCGCCAGAUUAAGGCGAUGUACGCGUACUUCCAGAUAUACCUGUGUCUGGUCAAGUUCGACGUGUUCUUCUGGGUCGGCUUCUCAGUUCAGUUCAUCUGGCUCGUCCUCAACAGUCACAAUGCGGAAUACUAUCUCACGUGUCUUGCGCUGCCAUUGUCAAUAGUGGUGUUGGUGAUUGGUGAUCAGGCAGCACGACGGGAGAACAAAUGGAUGAUGCUGGCCUUCAUGACCGGCUGUGUGGGAGCAAUGGUAUACUUCCUGUACAAGCUGGUGAAGGUGUUGAGGUUGAAGUCGACCGCUACUUUUAUCCUCGUUUGGCAGACAUUGACGACGUUCUCUGUCAUUGCGAUCGCUUUACUCAUUCUUACGUUCGUGUUUGCAUGCAUAGUCAUGAACAACUUCGGGCGGGGAUUGAAGACACGCGUUGGCAACAACAGUACGUUGAAGCAACGCGGCAAGUCUCAAGACCUCUACAGAGGACCGAUGAGUAACCAUCCAAACAGGAUGAGUAUCGAGUAG